CUCCUGCUGAGUGUACGUUAUACAAGCAACUCAUCCCAUGUUAUAUCACAUUUCCUCACUGUGGGGACGGUGUCUUAAUGUGCCAGGAGCAUCUGCAGAUAUAAAUUCGGCAGUUUAAAUACUUUGCAAAAAGACUCAAUCAUACAUCUUUUUUUUGUGCUCACGGAACAAAAGUAUCCAAAUAAUGGCAAUGCUGAAUCAUUUAACGACAGCAUGCUGGAAGAAAGUUCAGAACGACCGGCUAAAGAAGCAGCUGUUCUUCAUUUGCCGCGCCUUGCAUAAGUCUGCAGCCAGCGAUGCUUUUGAGAUCUCCGCGGCUGGGGAAGGAGCCAUGCCGGAAAGUGUUAUCUCAUCGGCGGCUGUCGGCGAGAAGCCCAGAAUCCUGAGCCUGGGGGAGAUGCCUGGACCCAGCACCCUCUCCAACCUGGUAGAGUUCUUCUGGAGAGACGGGUUCAGCAGAAUUCACGAAAUACAGAUGGAGCACAGUAAGAAGUUUGGAAAAAUAUUUAAGUCCCGUUUUGGGCCGCAACUGGUGGUCUCAGUGGCGCACCGUGACCUGGUGGCUGAAGUGCUGAGGGCCGAGGGCGUGGCCCCUCAGAGAGCGAAUAUGGAGUCCUGGAAGGAGUACAGAGACAUGAGAGGCCGUUCCACUGGCCUCAUUUCAGCGGAGGGAGAAGACUGGCUGAAGAUGCGGAGCGUGCUCAGGCAGCUCGUCAUGCGGCCCCGUGACGUAGCAUUGUUCUCUGACGAUGUGAACGAAGUGGUCGAUGACCUUAUCAAUAGAGUUCGUAUUUUGCGCACCCAGGAGUCUGACGGAGCAACUGUCCUUAAUGUCAAUGACCUGUUCUUCAAAUAUGCCAUGGAAGGUGUGGCAGUCAUAUUGUACGAGUCCCGACUGGGCUGUUUGGAAAAUGAAAUUCCCCAGGAAACCCAAGACUACAUCGGAGCGCUGCAACUCAUGUUCAGCUCCUUCAAGACGACCAUGUAUGCAGGGGCGAUCCCCAAGUGGCUGCGACCUGUCUUCCCCAAACCCUGGGACGAGUUCUGUUGCUCCUGGGAUGGCCUCUUCAAAUUCAGUCAGAUUCACGUCGAUAAGAGACUUUCGGAGAUUAAGGCCAAAGUGGAGCGGGGAGAGGAGGUGAAGGGGGGGAUGCUCACACACAUGCUCGUUACCAGGGAAAUGAACUUGGAGGAGAUCUACGCCAAUUUAACGGAAAUGCUGCUGGCUGGGGUCGACACGACAUCCUUCACCCUUUCAUGGGCCAGCUACCUUUUAGCGCGGCACCCACAUAUACAGCAGCAAAUCUACACCGAAGUGACCAAAACUCUUGGACCGGGAGCAGUGGCCACAGCAGACGAUGUCUCUCGCCUGCCUCUUAUCAGAGGGCUGGUCAAAGAGACACUCAGGCUUUUUCCAGUUCUCCCUGGCAACGGAAGGAUUACCCAGGAUGACUUGGUGGUGGGCGGAUACUUCAUCCCCAAAGGGACUCAGCUGGCCCUUUGUCACUACUCCACGUCUUUCGAUGAAGAGAACUUCCACGAUUCUCUAAACUUCCAGCCGUCUCGCUGGAUACGGAAAGAUUCCACAGAUCGAGUGGACAACUUUGGCUCAAUUCCCUUUGGCUACGGCAUCAGGAGCUGCAUCGGCAAGAGAAUAGCUGAGUUAGAGAUGCAUCUGGCUCUCACAAGGCUCAUUCAAAAGUUCCACAUCUGCGUUUCUCCUCUCACUUCUGAAGUCAAGUCCAAAACCCAUGGCCUGCUCUGCCCUGCCGACCCCAUCAACCUGCAGUUCAUUGACAGAGAAAACUAGUCUCACACUCCACGUGGUAUACUGUACUGUGUUUGAAAUGUUACCAUUCAUUUAACUUUUAUAUCUUUCUCUAGUCACAGAUUUUAGAUACCGAGCGAAGACUGUUUUACUUACUUCAAAAUAGUGUGCGGGGGGGGAGGAAAUGAUUACAAUCUAUAUACUCACACUUCCUUUCCUGCCUAUUUUAAAUCACUAUAUCAAACACAUUAGGUACAUAAAAACAGUUUUUAUAUUUUCAAUUUUAAAAUUAUAAUCAUAGGAAUGUUUUUAUUUUUAAAUGAAAAGGAACUUUUCCUGUGAUUCAGAACAAAUUAGUUUCUGUUACCAACCAAAUAAAGCAAAAGUGGAUUCUUUACUCAGCUAAUUAAAUACAUUGUGUAUCUUCUAUUUGUAUUUCUUCACACUAUGUACUGGUUCAAAACAUCUGUAGACUACACUGUUUAUGAUUUUUCAGUAAAUACAAUCAUUUAGCCAGAAUAUCUGUUACAUCAUGAUUUUAUUAGGAUAAUGUAUAUAACAGUUUGUGCAAGAGGAGACAAUUUGUAAGACUGUGCAGUUGUAAAGGAUCACUGUGGUUUGUAUAGAGGAAAAAUAAUAUUUUAAUAACUUUUUAUUUAUCUGCUCUUUUUUCUUUCUCUACCAUUUUUUACUUUAGCUCCAAUAAAACGUUGGAAAACAAUACAAAUCUAAAUAUUAU